AUGUCUGGAGAAACAAUUUCUGAAUCAAAAGAUACAACAAGCGAAGAAAAAACAGAUUUAAAAAUUAAAUUUUUGACACAAUUAAAUGAUAAAUCUGCUAUUAAAGAUUCUCCUGUUGUACUUGAAUGUAGUAUUCAAAGUUCUACAUCUGCACCUAUUCAAGUUAAAUGGUUUAAAAAUGGUAUUCAAUUACAAAAUAAUUAUGAUUACGAACAAACAGAAAAUAAUCAACAUUUUCAACUGAUUAUUAGAAAAGUUUUAAUUGAGGAUAAAGGUAUAUAUUCAGUUGAAGUAUCAAACGAAAUUCAUAGAAUAUCAUCUACGUGUCAAUUAUCUAUUUAUGAAAAUUAUGUUCAUGUUGAACAAGAAAAAGCUGGUAUUAGUAUAGGUAUUAUUACAACAGAUGAUAUAUCUUCCUGCCUUGUUGUAUUAAUCGAUGGUUUAUUUUAUCAGUCACCAUUCGCGUAUUUAAAACACUCAUCGUGGACUCCAAAAUUUCCAUCAUCAUCAUCAUUAUCAUCUGUUGCACUAAUUAGUCAUAUAUUAAUUGAUUUAGCAGAUUCAAUCAGACAAGAAUUGAAAAUUUCUUUUGAUUUAACUGAAGAACCUAAUUUAAAAGAAUCCAUAAAAAAUCUUGUAAUAGUUGUUAGUGGUGGUGAAAUUAAAAACGUUGAUGCUAUGCGUGAUGCUUUUUAUUUAUUGUACAACAAAACAAACUUAAUCCACAUUAUUAACAGUAUUAAUAAUAUGAACGAUGAAAAAUUAGUUUUGAAAUAUGAUGCUAUUUAUUUAUGUCAAGAAUUAAUUAAUAAUAUUAGCAUAAUAAAAGCAACAACAAAUGGCUUAUCUGUGGAAAAAGAAGAUGCUUAUUCAAAAGUAGAAAAUCCAAAUGCCAUUGAAUCAGUAACUACAUGGAUGUAUAUAAAUUAUAAUUAUUAUACUAAGCUUGGCUAUGCUGGUAUUCGUUUUCAAUACUUACGUACAACAAUUAAUUUGGCAUUAAUGCAUAUUAAUCUGUUAAAAAAAGAUCAAUUUUUUUUAACUGAUAAACAAACAAAAGAAAUUAUUCAAGAAAAUAAUUUGUUUUUAAUAUAG